CUCAAUUGUUAAUGGAAGAAGUGGCUGCAAUAAAUGGCUUAAGCUUUGAUUUUUACCUUUUAGGUGUACAGAGCCUACAAACACUCAUUCAAGUGUGUUUUGUAAAGAUCUGGCCAACCUGCCGGUGCAUAGAGGAUAGAGGAGUCUGACUCACACCUGAUACUGAACCUGCCUGCUCCUGAAUAAAGGCAGAGUAGGAGCGAUGGAUGAACGGAGGAUUGUGCUUCUUGGGAAAACAGGUGAUGGUAAAAGCAGCGUUGGAAAUGUGAUACUGGGUGAAAAAGUGUUUCCUACUGGAUGUUCACCCAACUCACAAACUCAAAAAUGUUCCUUUAAAACAAAAUCCAUUACUGAGAAGUUAAUAACAGUCAUUGACACACCUGGGCUUUUUGACACUAGUCUCACUUCAGAGGAACUAAACUCUGAAAUAUUACGAUGUGUUACUGAGUGUGCACCAGGCCUACAUGCAUUUGUGAUUGUGCUCAAAGUUGGAAGAUACACAAAGCACGAGAUCGAAACUGUGAAAAAAAUAACUGAAUCAUUUGGAGAGGAUGCAGUAAGAUAUGCAAUGGUGCUCUUCACCUUUGGUGAUCAACUCAUUGAGGGCCAGACUAUUGAAGACUUUGUGAAGGAGAGUAGAGUGUUACAGCAGCUUGUGAAUAAAUGUGGAGGUCGUGUUCAUGUCAUUGAUAAUAAAUACUGGAAUGAGCAACAGGAUGAGUACAGGAGCAACAGGGUUCAGGUGGAGAAGCUACUGAACACCAUAGAGGAGAUGGUGAGGGAGAAUAGAGGAGAGUGUUACACCAAUGAGAUGCUACAGCUAGUAGAUAAAGUUAUAGAUGCAGAGUGUAAGGCUUCAUGUGAGGAAGGUAAAGAGGUUCCAGAUAUUAAAAUAGUGAGAGAACAAGCAAAGCCGAGAGUUCAUAGCAACCUGUUAGCAAAGUUAGUGGGGACGGGAACAGGAGCAUUGACAGGUGCUUUCCUUGGCCUUGGGGCUGGAGUCUUAAUUUCAGCGAGCGUUCCAGCAUGCACAGCAGGUAUACUUGGAACAUCAAGUGCAGCUGGGGCAAUAGCAGGAGUGAUUAGUGGUAAUCAAGGAGCAGAUGGGGCAGAGACUGUGGAUGAGGCAAUGAAAAUGGCAUAUAAAGAAACAGUUGAAGGUGCAAUAGAAGUAAUAGAUAAAAUUAAAGAACUCUUAUCUUAA